AUCAAAGCUGCUCGCCGCCUCCACUGGAACCUCCGUUCAACUCUCCUUCAUCCCUCCACCGCUCUCUGUAAUCGUCUUCUUCAUCUUUAUUGUAAAUGCGGAAACCUUGUCGACGCCCGCAAACUGUUCGACGAUAUGCCCCACAGAGAUACCUGCUCAUUCAACACCAUUAUGGCCGGCUACUCCAUUGCAGGUCAUCUCGCUGAGGCCCGCCGCAUCUUUGAUGAGAUUUCUGAACGGGAUCACUUCUCAUGGAGCAGUAUAAUUGUUUGCUAUACUCGUCACGGCUUGCCAUCUGAGUCGCUGGAUCUGUACAGGCGCAUGCUUCAUGAAAACACUGCUGGUAAUUUUAAGAACAGCAACAGAUUCACUGCUUCGAGUGCUCUUGCUGCUUCUACGGCGGUUUGUAGUCUUCGGCAUGGGAGGGAGAUUCACUGCCAUAUAGUGAGGGCUGGGCUGGAAUCUGAUGCCGUGGUCUGGAGCGCGCUCUCAGAUAUGUAUGCCAAGUGCGGGGACAUCAACAAUGCACAAAAGGUGUUUGAUUUGAGUUCUGACCGAGAUGUUGUUUCUUGGACAGCAAUGAUUGGGAGGUAUUUUGAUGGUGGAAGGACAAAGUUGGGGCUGGAGCUCUUUUCUCAUAUGCUCAGCAUUGGUGUUCGACCGAAUGACUUCACCUUUGCUGGAGUUUUGGAUGCUUGUUCAGAGCUGGCUGCUGAAGAGCUAGGUAGGCAAGUACAUGGCCACAUGAUCAGAGUGGGAUUCAAUCAGUUAUCUUUUGCUGCAAGUUCUCUUUUACACAUGUACUCCAAAUGUGGAAACAUUGAGAAGGCUAAGGUUUUAUUUGAAAGAAUGCCAAACCCUGAUUUAGUCUCAUGGACUUCGAUAAUCUCUGGAUUUGCUCAGAAUGGCUAACCCAGAAAGGCUCUGCAUUAUUAUGAGCUGCUGCUUGAAUCUGGGAUUAAGCCGGAUCACAUUACCUUUGUUGGAGUUCUUUCAGCAUGUGUGCAUGCUGGACUGGUUGAUAAAGGUCUUGAGAUCUUUGAUUCAAUAAAGGAGAAAUUUGAGCUCAGGCACACCACCGAUCACUAUGCCUGCGUUGUUGAUCUCCUCAGCCGUGCAGGGCAGUUUCAGAAAGCAGAAGAUAUAAUUAAUGCGAUGCCAAUGAAGCCUGAUAAGUUCUUGUGGGCUUCUCUCCUUGCUGGCUGUAGGAUGCAUAGAAAUCUUAAGUUAGCCAAAAGAGCAGCGGAAUCUUUAUUUGAGAUAGAGCCCGAAAAUGCUGCGACGUAUGUUGCAUUGGCCAAUAUCUAUGCCUCUGCUGGCAAGUGGGAUGAAGUUGAGAAAAUUAGGAGAAAAAUGGAUGAAAGAGGCGUUGUAAAGAAGCCAGGUUCGAGUUGGAUUGAGGUUAAGAGAAAAGUUCAUGUGUUCUUAGUAGGAGAUGACUGCCAUCCACAGGCAAAACAAAUCUCUGCAUUCCUGGAGAAAUUGCAAGUCAAAAUGAAGGAGGAAGGGUAUGUCCCAGAUACAAAUUUUGUACUGCAUGAUGUUGAGGAUGAGCAGAAAGAGCACAACCUUUCAUACCAUAGCGAGAAGCUUGCUGUUGCAUUUGGAAUUAUUGCUACCCCACCUGGAACCUCCAUCAGGGUCUUUAAGAACCUGAGAAUUUGUGGGGAUUGUCAUACUGCUUUUAAUUUUAUCUCGAAGAUUACAGAGAGGGAAAUAAUUGUUAGGGAUUCAAAUAGAUUCCAUAAGUUCAAGAGUGGAGACUGUUCGUGCGCUGAUUAUUGGUGAGUUUUAGG